AAUAUGGCUGACACCAGCAACAUGUCGAAAAAUGUCAGGAAAAGCUGUUUGAAAAUCGCUUUAUUAAAGAUUCAGUCAAGAUAAGAUUAAAUAAAUGAAAUGCCUAACUAAUAAAUGAUAUAUUGAACAAAAAUGACUGAUUGUGGAAUACCUGAUCAAAGUGUGAAUCUUUCAGAUUCAGAAAAAAUGAGUAAAAUUUCCUACCCCACCCACUCUGUUGAGCGUCUAGAUGAUGCAAAUGUUGAUAGUGUCAAGACGCUUCCACUGGAAAAACAUCCACCAAAUGGCAUGACACAUAUUUCACCAGAUGCCAAUGGACUGAUUAAUCAGAAGAAAGAUCCAUUACCACCAUUUCAGAUUUUUUCACGUAAUGCCACCAGUUGUGUGGGGGAGACUGUCUGCUUGCCAGAGAGUGGAGUGUGUAAUUCUGUGGAAUUAGAAGAGGGGCAUAUGUGUGAUUGUGAUAAAUCCAAUUUGAAUGACAUAUGCUGCAUAUCCUCCAGUUUGCAUGGUGUAAUAUUGGAUGACAAUGAACCAGAAGAAGCAGAUAUCUUUAAUGGAAUUGAAUAUGUUGUCUACAGGUCAGAAGUGCAAAUGCCUGACAUUAUGAGACUUAUCACCAAAGACUUAUCAGAACCAUAUUCCAUUUAUACUUACAGAUAUUUUAUCCACAACUGGCCAAAACUUUGCUUUUUAGCAAUGGACGGAGCAAAAUGUGUAGGGGCAAUUGUCUGCAAGUUGGACUUGCACAAGAAGAUGGUACGCAGAGGCUAUAUUGCUAUGUUAGCUGUUGAUUCUGAAUACAGACGGAAGAAAAUAGGUUCACAUCUUGUUCUGAAAGCCAUUAAAGCCAUGAUAGCUGAUGACUGUGAUGAGGUUGUAUUAGAGACAGAGAUCACAAAUCAAGCAGCGCUGAGGCUUUAUGAAAACCUGGGAUUUGUACGUGAUAAAAGACUAUUUCGUUAUUAUUUGAAUGGUGUGGAUGCUUUGAGACUGAAGUUAUGGUUACGAUAACAAAACUGUGUUCUAGUUUGUUAUUUUAGGGAUAAAUUCAUUUGUACAAAGCUGUGCAUGUUACAUGUGAAAAAUCUGGAGAAUAUUAAAGGGAGUUAAGCACUUAAAGCAGGAGAAAAUGAGGAUGAAAGAGUGAAAGGUUAUUUGAUUUUAACGAAAACCCUUCUUAUUCCUAGGUAUUUAAAAGUAACAAAGAUAACUGGGAGUCACGACACAAAAAAAGGAUCAUCGGAAUAUAUUCAGAUGUUUAAAUUUGGUUGCAUGCUUGUAAAAAAAUAUUUAUUUGUAUUUUCGAUAAAAUGAAUGUUUUAUAUAUUUUUUGAAAAAUCCUUACCCUUUAAAUAUAUGAAUAAUAACAUACGUAAAGUAGUGUGAAAUAUUGAAUCUUAGCAUGAAUUUACUGUAAUGUUAUAUACAAGAAAAUGUCUUUAGACGGUAGCUUAUUUACGUACUGUGUCUCAUUUGAUUUAAACUUUAAAUUAAAGUUACAUUUUUUUGUAUAUUAUGCCUAAAACAAUAACUACACAAGAAUUAUAUAUGUAAACAUAAAGUAAACAUGUUUGUAUGCAUAAACAUUAGUACAUGUAUUUAAAAUACAACACACUUAUAAGAUAAGGUAGUUCUGCACGUUCAUUUCAAUUUUUUUCUACAAUGUGGAAUUUGAUUAAACCCUGAUUUUUCAAAACCUCAGAAUAUACUUAGAAAAUUCAGUAAAUAAAAAAGAUAAAGUCGUGUGCUUGAUUUUUUGCUAGACAGAUUUGAAAAAUUAGAACCUCACACAAGUUUUCAUAUAGGGAGUCUAUGGGAAAAUCACAAGAUUCAUAACAAUGCCGCGAUUAGAAUUUUUUCUACAAUGUAGAUUUUAAUGAAACUUCUCACAGUUGUAAAUAAACAUACGGCCUAUAAGUAUAAUAUAUUGAAAUAAAAUGUAUACGUCGGGGUGUUUGCCCAUGAUUAAAGUGAUCUACACAUUUCAAGCUGGUUUAAGCCAUUAUUUUGAAUUAUAAAAUAUGUCACAUGUUUUAAUAUCAUAUUUUAACUUUAGAAAGAUAGUAAUGUUGCCAUUGUAAUAAAUUUACUCACGGGUUGCCAUUAAUUCAGAAAAUGAGUUUCAUUUCUGUAUGCCAAAUCCAGACUAUUCUACAUUGUCCGGAUAAAUGAUGUUACGCCAUCACUUCCGGUUUAUCAGAUGUGCAGAACUACCUAAACACAGUGUGUAUAUUUUAUGCAAUAAAAAAAUUGGAAUAUUUUUGUUAUUUGGUAUUAAAGACAUUUGAUAGUGAUUGCAGUUCUGAUACAGAGAUAAUUUUUGUAUUUAGCCAAGUUAAAUAUAUUUGAUAACUAUUUUCUAGAUUUAAAGCUGUUUUGGCCAUGGUUAGUCUGAAGAGUGAAUUUAUUGAACAUGUUUAUUUCCUCCAAGAUUGACUUAGAAUGCAUAAACAUGAUCAAUGACACUGAAAAAUGAUAAAGAGAGUGAAAAUAAAUUUUAGAUAUUGGUAAAAUGAUGAAAACAAUUUUGAUGUUCUCGAUUGUUUCAAAAGCAUUACAUCAGUUUACUUCCUUCUGCAAAAUAAUUUUGGUCAAUUUUUUUGAUAACAUGCUCAAAUCAUACCAAGAAGUUUGUAUGACUGAUGACUUUCACAGUACCCAGAUUUUAUGGAUUUUUGAGAGAAUUUUUUUUUUUUCAACCAAAAUGUGUGAGCAAGACGGUUUAAAUCAAUAUCUCAUGGGAAAAUAUUUUUGUGAAAAAUGAGCACAGUAUAUCUUUAAAUACCUGUUGUAUUGACUUGUUGUUUUAUGUAAAUUCAGUGGGCAGACCUGCUACUUCAUUUUGAAAUUAUAUAGACUAGAAUGUAAAGUUUGAAAUUGGGAAGGAUAAUGAAUUUAUUUAAAAAAUAAACAGUUGUAUUUACUUGGAAGUUUUAUUUUGUUUGUGCUUAUGUUUUCUGGCUUGAAAUCGCACAACAAACUUGUGGGAUUAGAAAAAAUAAUUUAGCAAUAAAUUGUUAUUAUAACAUGGGGCUAGAAAUGUAUUGACUUUUUUUGUGGGACAAUUCUUCUUUUGGUAUAAAUGGAUAUAAAUGAUAGAAUGUUUGCAUAAGUUCUUUAAAUACUUCAAGUCUUGAAAAUCGUUGCCAUGUUCAUAUGAUUUGAAUGGAAGUAAAAUCCUGUUUUUGUUACACGGUAAACCCAUGUAUUUUUUGCGAGUGUAUAACAUCGCUUUAUUUAAAGAAAUUGGAAUUGUUUUGCAUUGUAGAAUAAGCUCUAUGCAGCCAGCUUGUAAGAUAUACAGAGUUAUAACAAUAAUAUCAUUUUUGCGAGUACAGUAUUUAUUUUUGGGAAUACAAACAUACAAGUACAGUAACUGUUGUGAAUAUCAAAUAAAUAAAAAAAUUAAUCCCUCAUAAAAAUUUGUGAUUUGACAGUAAGCAGUACAUGUAUAGAAUGAACACUGAAAGUUGGUGGUUAAGUUUAACUGAAGUCAGCUAAAACAACCAACUGCUAUAAUAUCACUGCAUUGCAGCCUAAGCUUUGUUGAUUUUAUGCAGCUUGUAAAAAAAAAACUCAGUCAUUUAGUCAUUUUAGUCUUAUGUACAUGUAUUUAAUUGUUCUUUGACUUCCUCAAAUAUUAAUUUUAAUGUCUGCAUUUUGUUGAUAAUUAUGAUUUAUGUUGCCUUUAUUUUGCUCACUUUAUAAAGUUGGGAAUAGAUUCGUAAACACUUGCUCUUAAAUGAAGAGAAUCACUUGCUGGAGUUUGUUAUCACACUUCCUGUUAAUUGAAUGGGCAUGUUAGUUGUUUAAGGAUUAGUGACUGUACUUGAUCGAAUGAUAUUUACACUUGAUUUUGAAUUGAACUCUUUUAUGAAAAAUAAUGAUGUAGAGAUAGACCCUAAAAUUUUCAGUGAUAGUAAUACAUUAAAUAAAGUCUAGAAAUUGAUUUCCAUGUCCUUGAAAUAACCAAAAAUGAUUUCACAAAUGUGAAGUUUAUGAUAGUUUUGUUAAUAUCAAUAGCAGAAGUUUUAAUUUUUAAUUUAAAGUUGGGAUCCACAAAGAAUGACAACUCUUGCCUUGGGCUAGUACUUAUAAGCAGAGAUAUCUGUUAGUUUGCUUCCCUUGCAAUUACACAAUUGAGUGGAAAAUGUAAACUGUUUUAGACACAAUAUCAUACUUUUUUGCACAACAAAAACAUUUAGGAUUUAUUCAUUUGUGUUUGAUUUACCCCUCAAAACAUGGUUCCUAUGAUUCUGUCAACUUACAUAUGGUAAAACAUUAACUUUUAACAAGCCAAUAAUAAAAAGAAGUUCCAGUAAGUAAAUAAUAGUGGAGAUAAUACAGUUUUGUUUGUAUAAAAAUGUCACAAUAGAAGCACUUUUGUAAUACAGAACACCUGGUAGGAUUAGUAAAGGUGCAAUUUUAUUGAUCUCUAUUUCCUAUGCCUAAAUGAUGCAUGCAUAACCACCCUUGCAUGAAAAAAUGAAGCAUGCAGUAUAAGUACAAAAUUCAAUGAUCAGUGUUAUUGUUUUUCCUGGAAAUUUAUAACUUGCAUGAUAAUUAUUUACUGAACAAAUAAUCAAGGCCUUCGAGUGGUUUAUCGUCUAAUUUACCACGGUUCAGAGUUCAGAUGCAUAGGAGUUGAACCAAGAGGGUGUUAGCCCGAGUGGUUAAAUACUGAACCAUCUGAACGAUGAAUCGUGGUAAAUAAGACGAUAAAUCACAAGAAGGCCUUGAUUGUUUUCAUUCUGACAUGCGUAUUGACAUAUUUUAAUAAAUAUUAUGUUGGACUUCAUUUACCCGAGGAGUAAUGUAUCGGACUUCAUGCAGCAAUUUGACGUCACAAUGAUCUCUUAACCAGUCUGCGCGUCAACCGCUGUUUAUCGCAGAAUAUACAGAGCUUGAUUCCCUUCUUUGUUUAAAGGUCCAUUACUAAGGGAAAGUGAGUUGGCAAUUUUUUUCAUAGCCAGUGCAUAGACUUCUGCAAGAUACUAAAUAAUGAAGAUUGGCAGGUCAAAAUUUACAGAAGGUCUUUGGAACUCAAAGAAAUGUAUGUGUAUUAUGUUGAAAUUUCAAUGAAUCGACAGAAUGACCCCCCAGGUCUUUUUAACUUUCUUCAUACUUCAUAGGAAAAUAAUUGUACAUAUACUGCGAUUUAUUUCGAAUUUCUACAUACCAACUUUCAUUUUCCAAUAAAAUGAAAUAGUUUCUGUGCUUUUUAAAAGAAAUUAAAAUGUUCACUUUCCUUAGUAUUGGACCUUUUACUGGAAAUCAAAUCGAGUCAUGUUAGAAUAUUUUAUAUAAUGUACUUAGUUAUGAAACUUAUGUAAAGUUAUAAUAAUAAUAUUGCUGAAGCAAAAUGAAUUGGAAGGAAUGAUUUUUAUGGCAGUAUUUUUUUGUUUUAUCAGGAUCCUUUUAAAAUUUAGUAUGUCACAUAAUACCUUUGAGAAAUCUAUUUUGAAAAUCUGUAAUGAGAUGCUUUUAAAGGUGGUCAGUCAGAUUUUUGUCAAGUAUUCCUUUCGGGAUAAUUUAAGACUUACAUUACAAUUAAGUACAGUAUGUGUGUGCGUACAUGGGUAUAUGCUUGUGUCUAUGCCUGUAAACCAAAUAAAAACUGUUAAUAAUAUAUACACUCAUGUCAUAAGGCAGCUGAUAAAAGUUAUUUCCUUUUUCAAUUAAUUAAAUCUCUAUUUUUUUUCAGGAAUUCCAUAAGGUAGUGGAUGUUUAAUGACAAUCAGCAAAUUGUGUAUUCCCCGUAUACUGUUUCAACAUUUUCCGAUUAUUGCGGAAAGCCAUUUUCAGGUGGAGCUAUAUUUAGUUUUAUCUGAAGAACGGCAAAAGAUAAUACAUAAUCCUACUGGAAUUGCUGAGCGUCAUAACUGAUCAACUACCUUAAAAUCUGUGGUCAGCAGUUUUUUGGUUGGCAUGCAUCAGGUUACAUGGGAUUGAAAGUGAAUUAUUAGGUUUAAAAUUGGAAGAGUGGAAAUAUUACCUUUUCGCUUUUAAUUUUAAAUUUGUGAAUGAAAGUUAACAGUGUUAUAGGACAUAAUGAUUUGUUCGUUAAUAUUUAUUUUUCAGUUUGUUAAAUCUUUUUUUUUACAAGGUAGUCAAUAAUAAUAUAGUUGAUGCUGGAAAGAAACUCAUGUUGUCAGUCUUGUGUAAUGUUUGUCUUAAACUGAAAAUGAUGUUAGCAUGUUAUUUAUUAUGUAAUUUUACUGAAGUUUUGUUACAAAUGCUUUCCUGUCUUAAUUUACACUUUCAUGUUCUAACAAACAUUACAAUGAAUUAUAAAUCCUAGUAUAUAUGAAUUUAAAACCUUAUACAUGAAUAUCGAUUUUCAAGAUCUUGUAGCAAUUUUGUUUUUUCCCCUAUAAUUGUUAGGUAUGAAGGAGAAGCAUAUAGUCAUCGCCUCUUACAUACAUCCAUCCGUGUUUCAGUCUUUCCUACAACUGAGUAUUUCUCAGCAACCACUGGUUGAUAUUUAGCAAAACUUCAUGAGAAGUUUCACUUUCAAGAGGAGAUACACAUGUUGUCUUCAUGGUCUGGUCAGAUGAUUUAUCAGUGAGUUAUUUCCCUUUAGUUAUUUAACAUUAGUCUGGUCAGAUGAAUUUUCACCGAGUUAUUUCCCUUCAGUUAUUUAGCAUCCAGGUUGAUUUCUUGUUUGUUUUUCAAAAGUAUUUCAGUUAUUUAAUGGCGGGCAGUUAACCUAAUCAGUGUUCCUGGAUUCUGUACCAGUACAAAACUGUUCUCCGCAAGUAACUGCCAACUUCCCCACAUGAAUCAGAGAUGGAGGACGUAUGAUCGUCACGGAUAACAUACGGCCCGCCUGAGGACCAAACUCACAACCCCGCAUUCCGUAGAUCGGCGCUCUCCCUAUUCAGCUAAGUGGGCGGGUCUACAGCAUCCAGGUGGAGGUUAAUCUUUUUGAAGUUGAGUGAGUUUUAGGCAGUAAAAACAACAAAAAUACACUUGUAAUCAAUAGAAACAGUCCUUUAUUUUUCAAAAAUAUGUAGAAUAUGAGAUGAUAGAGUGACUGCAAUUUCAGUAUCUAUGUGUACAUGCAGAUGUAUUAAAUCUCUAAACAUGAUAAUAAACGUGUUUAAAAACACUGAGCUGUUAUCUGUGUAUAAGUUUCAACUUCAUAUUUAGAUUUUAAUGUGUACAUACUGAAAGUGUACCUGCAAUAAUCUGUGAAAAUUGUGAAUUUUGACAACAUGCUUCUUACAAUGAAGAAUAAAUUCUACACUGACACAUACAGUAUGAUACUUGUGCUGAUACAAGUAUGAAAUCGCAAACAAUCUAUUAAAUUACUUAAAACAUAUUUGCAAAGUUUAUUAAUUUCUAUAUAGUAGUAAGUGUAUUCAGUAUACUGUAAAACCAGAUAUUUUUGCGGGCUUAAAGUUCAGAAUUUUAUAGUUGGAAUUAGUGCAUUUGGUAGAACGAUUUUCAUAUAUAGCCAACUGGUAAAGAACAUAUAUAGGAUGAUAUAUGACAACAUUAAAAUGCACUUUCACAGAUAUUUAUUUUCACGAAUACGUUAAGUAUAGCAAACGAAGCAAAAAAAAAAAAAACCCUUGGGGAAAAUUUCUGACUUUUAUGGUAACUGACUCUUUAAUACAGUGCAUGAAUUAAGCACAUUGUAAAAUCAUCUAAUUUUAAAAAUUCCAUCGUUUUGGUCAAUACAGUUAUUUUGUAUUUUGUGGAUUUUGACCUUUGCAAAUAAAAUGAAUGAUUAUGAAUUUUACUGGUUCAUUGGCAAUCCACAGAAGUUAGUCUCCCAGGAAUAUAAAUGAUUUUCCAGUGUAUCACAUAUUGAAAUCUCAUCCAUUGUAAUACCUGUAUGAUUGUUUGUAGUUUAUACCUGAAUUUUGUUAGUACACAUGUACUUGUCCUAGUUGUUUUUACCAUGGGUUUAUUGUUAAAUCAUAAUAUUCUUCAAAAUAUUAUAUUAAGUUACUAUUUGAUGUGUAAGAUAAACUUGAUUAAGAUUAUUAAAAUGAUGGAAUAAGUC